CUCACUGAGUACACACACAAACACACUAAGUGAGACAUAAAAGGGCAGCGGGGCGGAGAGACCGGCUGCCCCGCCUCUGUCUCUCAGUUCGCUGUUCAUUUUCUCGCCUCGCAGCAGAGACGUGAACCUCCACACACACUCACCACCAAAGAUCGUCUUUGUUCACCACCACCCCAGCUCAGGUUGUGUCCACAUCAUGGCCAUGUCGGGGGAUAUUACGGAUCAGAUACAAAAUGAUCUAUUAAACUGCAAGAUCUGCCUCAGUAGGUUCACGCAGCCCAAGAUGCUGCCUUGUGCCCACACCUACUGCCAGGGGUGCCUGGAGAAGAUGGUUAGGUCAGACCGGAAGGUGCAGUGCCCGGAGUGCAGGGAAGAGUUUGACGUGAGAGGUGGCGUCAGCAAACUCAAGACCAACUUUCACAUUAACAGUCUGAUGGAUAUCAUCAAGAGCAAGGAGAAUGAGAAGGUGGUCUGCAGUUGGUGCGCAACAGCUGGUCUCAGCGAGAUUGCCGCCGUGGCUCGGUGUAAAACCUGCCUCAAGUGCCUCUGCCCACCUUGCAAGCUCACCCACGGGACUGCCAACCCACGCCACGUGCUGGAGGAUCUGCCCGGUCACGGCGCCAGCCCUUGGGAGGCAGAGACAAGGAUGCAGAAGAUGAUCUACUGCCGGGGCCACCCAGGAACCCUGGUGGACUAUCUCUGCAACACCUGCAACAGCGUGAUCUGCAGCAGUUGUUCCUCGCACGCCCACGCCAGGCACUCGAAGGUGUCUCUGGCCAAGGCAGGGGCCACAGCUAGACCCACGGUGAUGAAUCUCAUGGAGAGACUGAAGACUGAAACGCAGUCGCUGGUCCAACAGGAAGACAACAUCACCCAGGCAAUGGAGGGGAUGAAGGCGACGGAAAGUUCUCUGAUGUCUAUGAUAGAGUCCACCCUGGCCGAGGUCAUAAACAACUUGAUAAAACAGGGCGACACCAUCAAGGACACGCUCUCCAGUUACGUCAGGGAGCAGGAAGAAUUGUACAAGGUCGCGCGGGGUGAUAUUCAGCUCAAGAUCAAGGAGGCGAAGGACACCAGGGAAUUUUCCCAGGGGGUCCUGGAUUCCGGUAAAAUGAGGGAGAUGUUCUGCCUGCGGUACUUCGUGGAAGAACAGAUCAAUGGACUCCAAGCGCCGAGGGUCCCAGACGACAAGAAGACCCGCCCCAGCCUGACCGUCAACGAGUCGCUCAAGAUCAUGCUGUCUCACUCCAACCUUUUCAGCCUCACCUUUGGCGAAGACUCGGCCCCCAAGGUGCUGGCCGCACCAGCGAAAAGCAAGCCGCUCAAGAGCUGGACGGCCUUCACGCCCCUCCCCCAACCCCGGCAGAGGGCGUGGAAUCUACAUAGCUUCGACACGGCGCUGGGUGGUGACGUGUGUGAUCCGAAGCUGACGGGCGUCAGCGUCUCCAGCGACGGCAUCAUCGUGGUGGCGGAUGAAGACAAUUCCCUUCUGAAAUGCUUCAUCGACUGCGGGGACCAUACCUGGACCACUCCACUGCCAGACAAUAACGCACAUCCAUGCAGUGUUGCCAUCUUUGAUGACACCAUCGCCUGCUCGUCUGGGAACCGGCUGUACAUAUUGGACAUGGACGGGACUUUGCUGAGGAAGCUCUUCCUCCGCGGCUACGAGUCCAUCUACCCCCUUGCCGCCUACAGGGAUGAAUACGUGGCUGUGAGCGAGGGGUCCAUGUGCUCCCUCUCCCUGUACAACAGCAACGGGCAGGUGGUCGACAGGGUGAAGCCGUACGGCUACGAGGGGAGGCGCUUCCUCUUCCUCGCCAUCAAUAGCGACGAGUGGUUCAUCGUGGCCGACUGCGGAAAGAAGUGCAUCCUGAUCUUCUACAGGGAUGGCUGCGUCUUCACCACCUGCGACCAGGUCACCAUGAACGGGGUGGUUCAGGCGAUCAAUCCCUACAGCAUCUGCACGGACAAAGACGACAAUAUUCUGGUCACCGAGCGGAACCGGAUCCUCUUGUUUUGGCCCAGCGGGGACUUCCGUGAGGAGCUGCUGACCACUGCCGACGGCCUUCACAAACCAUGCGUCAUCACCGUCGACAAUUGCAACAACCUGGUCGUCACCCAAGGCAACGGGUUCAUCACCGUGUACCAGCUGGACCUCUCUUAGUGCAUCGGUGACAGGAGCACAACUAGGCCACUCGGCCCAUCGAGUCCACACCGCCCUUUGAUCUCUCAUUCCCUCCCAACCCCCUUCUCCUAACCUCUCCCCAUCACCCCUGACACCCGUACUAAUCAGGAAUCUAUCUGUUUCUGACUUGAAAAUACCCAUUGACUUGGCCUCCACAGCCUUCUAUGGCGCAGCGGGUAUGGAGUUUGCACGUUCUCCCUGCGACCGUGAGGAUUUCCUCCCACAUCCCAAAGACGAGCGGGUUUGUAGGAUGAUCGGCCCACUGUAGAUUGCCCCUAGUGUAUAGGAAGUGGAUGAGAAUUUGGGAUUACAUAGAACUGGUGUGAACAUGUGAUCGAUGGUCAGCAUGGACUUAGUGCUUUUAGUGACAUGGGCAGGCAUGUGGAUAUGCUGGAAAUUGAGGGAUAUGGGCCAUGUACAGAUAGAUUAGAUUACUAUAUUUUGGCAUCAUAUAUUUCAACAUCAACCCUGCCUUCUGUGACAAUGAAUUCCACAGAUUCACCACCCUCUAAAGAAAUUGAUCCUCAUUUCCUUCCUUUUAUUCUGAGGCUGUGGCCUCUGGUCUUUGACUCCCCCACUCAUGGAAACGUCCUCUCCACAUCCACUCUCUCCAGGCCUUUCACUAUUUGGUAAGUUUCAAUGAGCCCCCCCCCCCCAACAUCCUUGUAAACUCCAGCGAGUACAGUCCCAGUGCCAUCAGAUGCUCAUCAUACGUGAACCCAUUCAUUCCUGGGAUCAUUCUUAUAAUCAUCCACUGGACCCUCUCCAACGCCUCCACAUCCCACCUUGGAUGUGGGGCCCAGAACUGUUCACGAUACUCCAAUACACCAUCAGCAGUUUCUUGUAUCUCAAAACUCACAGGGAGACAGCCAGACUUGGAAGUCAAGGAAAAUGUGUAAGGUACAUACUCCAGUGUCUAUCUUUCCACCCAUAAACCACACUCGAUCCCAUGAGACAUGAGACUGCACCACCAUGCUAUAGUCGUCUACGACGAGCCACCACCAUCAUUCCACCGUCUCGAUCGUGGCUACAGCACAUGACAAAUGGUGCAACGGUAGAGUUGCUGCCUCACAGCACCAGAGACCGGGAUUCAAUCCUGACCUUGGGUGCUGUUUGUACAGAGUUUGUACGUUCUCUCCCUGACCUGCGUGGGUUUUCUCCUGCUCCUCCAGAUUCCUCCCACACACCAAAGAUGCACGAGUUUGCAGGUUAAUUGACUUCUGUAAAUUGUCCCUAGUGUGUGUAGGAUAGAACUAGUGUACGGGUCACGAAUGGUUAGCACAGACCCGUUGGGCCGAAGGGUCUGUUUCCACACUGUAUCUCUAAACCAAAUGCAAUGUUAGUGACUACUGACCAAGUCUUGGUUAAAGUCCACAUUGAACUUUGAUUAAGUCUCGACCCGAAAAGUCACCAAUUCCUUUUCACCAGAGAUGCUCUCUGACCCACUGAGUUACGCCAGAUUUUUGUGUCUCUAUGAUUUUUGAUUAGCUCUCUCAAGCAUGGCAGUCACCAAUUAAUCUAGUCAUAUUUCUGAUUUAUGUUUAAAUCAUGGUGGGCCCCAAGUACGUCAGGGUGAAUCUUUGGGACGGUUUGACACGGGACACGCGCUGAGGGCUGAUCAUCCUGCAGCGGGCCGCCCUUGUGGAGGGUGUAUAGUGUUUUAAAAGGCCGAAACACCCAGUGAUGCAGGGGUACGCUACUGAUGAUGUGUCCUGUGCCCAACUGUCCUGAAGGUUACCCAGGCCAAGAUAUACGUAUCCCCGCCCCCCAUCGAUGUUGAGCGUCUACCACUCUCAACAAUCAACGAAUGUCGUGAAAUGCUCCCCACCUAUUGGCACAAGGGACUUCUUAACAGCUUGUCCUGUGUACUUGAUUCUGAAUACAAGAGCUUAUCAAAAUGUUGUUUUCAUACAAGCUAAAAAAAAACUAAUCAUUCCAUUCGAUCCAAUCUCUCGUUUGCCUCAAUGUGCUCUUUCGUUGCUGUAAUUAGAAAAUUAAAUAAACUUUUAUGAAGUUCUUUACCAUCA